AUGGUUGACGAAAGUACAAAAAAAACUCUUAGCAGUAUACCGCUUCUCCAAACAAAGGCAGGGCCUCGUGACAAAGAGUUGUGGGUAAAUAGGCUGAAAGAAGAAUACCAAGCACUGAUCAAGUAUGUGCAAAACAACAAGGCAGCUGACAAUGACUGGUUCCGUUUAGAAUCGGACAAAACUGGCACCAAAUGGUUUGGUAAAUGCUGGUAUGUCCACAACCUGCUGAAAUAUGAAUUCGACUUAGAAUUUGACAUUCCAGUAACAUACCCUACUACAGCUCCAGAAUUAGCUUUACCAGGACUAGAUGGAAAAACUGCUAAGAUGUAUAGAGGUGGGAAGAUCUGUUUGACGGACCAUUUCAAGCCACUGUGGGCCAGAAAUGUGCCCAGGUUUGGUAUAGCCCAUGCCAUGGCUUUAGGUCUUGGGCCCUGGUUAGCUGUGGAAAUUCCAGAAUUAAUAGAAAGAGGUGUCAUAACCUAUCAAGAGAAAUCUGAAGAAGCAAAAUGA